AGCUUGAACCGCUGUAAAAAUUACACGAAGGCAUUAUAGCUUUCUAAAUUAAUAAUAAUUGAUCGUUCCUAGAAGAGGCUUUUUGGGUCCAGUUAUUAAGAGCUGCGGGCAGUCCCGAAUGACGUAAUGAAUUAGUAACGAAGCGCAGAUAGUGAUAAAACGCGUUGCUUAAUUCAGUACUGAAUUUACGAAACGAAAUGUAAAAAACGAUAAGAGCGUAUUGUUUGGUGAAAGUCCCGGGGCAAAAGGGCUAAAAUCGCGGUCAUAGAAAGGAAAACAAAUGAAAUUGAGUGACGAAAUGCGUAAGAGAGUUACGCAGAAAUCCAUCGCCGUUACAUUUUAUGGAAUUUAGGAGUCGGCCGAUAAACAGAAUAAUUAAUGGUGAUGCAUGUGAUGUUACUUUUAAUUAAAGGCUAUUUGCAUUGCGAAAAGUGUCGGUGGUGCGGUGCGGCCGAUAAACCGUGUAGAUCGUGUGAUAAAUCUGUUUGUUUGAAAAGAUCGCGAUAAUAGUGUUGUCGAAUGUUCUAAGAAUCGCACAAGGUAAUAUUAAUGAGAGCAUUGUGUAACGUAAAAUAAAUACUCCAAUUGUGGCCUUCGUUCUAUGUGCAUAAUCGGAAUUCAGUUAUCUGUUCAAAAACUCAAUGACCAGCUGUUUGUGUUCGAAAUAAUUGUCCACUUACCGCCGCCCGCUUUGAGCGGAGCCAUAAAAUAACAGUGUAUUUUUUGUGUGCGUUUUCAAUAGGAUUCAAGUCGGUUUGUGUUCUUACGAUGAUAAGUUUUUAUCUGUAAAUCAUCAGCUGUUCGCGUACCGUUUCAGACUUUCAGGCACGUGUUCGUGCCUAACAGAUCAGUCUAGUUGAACUUUUCUCCGGGACACUGUUAACAAUAAACCGUAAAAAUGUCCAACGAAAACAAACACGUGAACAUCGACGUGCAAGAACCACUGCUCGAAAAUUCCGGAAAAAAAACGCCACAGCCGCAAAGUGAAAAUUCGCCAAAAAUUGACGGCGAAACGAACAAUUCACGCAAACAAAAACCACACGAAAUGGAAAGAAAACGGACAAAAAGUGUGGCUAUUAUAGCCGAAGAGAAUGAGAAAAAAAUGGAUAAGUGGAAGCUCGUUCCACCCGACGGUGGAUGGGGUUGGUUAGUCCUCUUCGGCUCCACUCUAGUCAACGUCCUGGUGCCAGGUACAGUAAAAUCAUUCGGUGUUCUCUUCGUCGAAUUCUUGGAGGCUUUCGAGGCUUCACCGGCAGCGGCGGCAUGGAUUCCGGCCCUCUGCUACUUCCUAUACAGCUCUCUAGGUCCCGUGUCCAGCCUCUUGUCCGUAAAGUAUUCGUAUCGAACGGUAACCCUAAUCGGAGGAAGCUUCGCUGCGACAGGUAUGAUUUUAAGUUAUUUCGCGGAUUCGGUGGCAUUUCUUUGUAUAAGCUAUGGGGUCUUCGUCGGUACAGGUGCAGGUCUCUCUUUUCCUCCGACAGUGUACAUCGUCACGAGCUACUUCUUGAGACUCCGCGGAGUAGCAAACGGGCUUUGCAUUUCAGGCUCGGCUCUAGGCUCCAUCAUCCUACCGCCGAUCCUUCGAGUCCUUCUCGAAUUAUACGGCUACAGAGGCGCUGUAUUACUCAUGGGAGGUGUAACCCUAAACGUUUGGGUAGCCGCUUUGUUUUACGACCCAGUCGAAAAACACAUGAAGAAAGUUCCAAUCGAAACGCAAGAAUCAGAUUCCGAAGAACUAAGCCCUCUGAAGCCCAAAUUCGUAAUCAGUACAGAGGACAGCAUGGCGUCGUUACCGCAAAUCCCUCACAACGACUCCUUCUUGGAAAACUUGGACAUCUCGUCGAACAACUUCAACAGGAGUGUUUCCAGUGCGGCGAUGCAAAAUUUCAAGACACCCACCAGUCGCGAAAGGAAGAUCAGCAUGCCCACUGGUCGUAACGAGCUCAUCAAAGCCAAAGCCGGUGCCACAGGGUCACGUACUAACAUGAAUAGUUCAUCAGCGCUACACGCGGUACCAGAGACUGGGAACGGUGCCAUGGACUUGCAGUCCCAAGGGCGGCUGACGAGUUCAAGACGUCCGCGAGUUCCUCGCAGAAGCCCUUCUACGAGUUCCUUUCAGUAUAUAAGUACUCCGUAUCACGGUAGCACUCUCACUCUGCAGCCCGAGACCUUCGCUAGUUCUUUCAGCUUAAGGUCCGCGCGCAAAUCCGACGGGAAAGAACCCGAAUCCAAGAAAAACAAAUUCUUUGACAUAACUCUCUUGAAGGAUCCUCUCUAUUUGGUCAUCUUAAUCUCGAACGCUACCAAUGCCGUUAGCUACACGAAUUUUAUAAUUCUUCUACCGUCUUUUGCACUUACUCUAGGUUAUGACAAGAACGACGGGGCGUUGCUGCUUUCGAUAGUGUCCGCUUUGGAUCUCGUGGGAAGGAUUGGCGGUUCGGCUUUGUCGGACUUGCAGCUGUGUCCGAAGGCUGCAUAUUUCAUCGGCGGGCUCUUCGUAUCGGGCAUAUCGCUCGCGGUCAUGCCUUUUUUCACCGGAUACGGCAUGAUCAGCGUGUGCUCUGCAAUCUUUGGUUUAGCUUCUGGUAUUUACGUGGGCGUUACUGCUGUGAUAAUGGCCGAUAUGCUGGGGGAGGAACGUUUACAGUCCACUUACGGUAUAUCGCUAUUCGUUAACGGUAUUUUACAAUUAGUGGGGCCACCCAUUUGUGGUAUUUGGUUUGAAACGACUAAGUCCUACAUUUCAUUGUUUUGUACUUUAGGUGUCAUUCUGGUCGUAGGUGCUGUUAUUUGGGGUAUCGUGCCCUUCAUAAAAAAACCUCAAACCGAGGACAACGACGAUGAUGAUUCGUCGUAAUAUUUUAGAUAAUUUCUUAAUGUUCUAGUUUUUAUUAUUACACUUCUAAAUGUGCAGUCCUUUUUUCUCGCAUGUUAGGGAAUUUUAGGAAAUAUUUAGUUCAUGCGUAUUUUGUACGUGAGUGUCGGCAAAUCAAACAGGAUCCGUUCUAACUGAGAUUGCUAAUUAAGCUCAAGUCAUUUAAAUGUAUUAUAUUUGAGGUCUUCCUGACGCAUUUUCUGACGCCCAUGUUACAAUCCAUUAUACCCCAGUAAAUAUUUAUGUAUUUAUUAAGGAACAUUAACAACUUUCCAUAUCAAAGAAGGUGCUGUCAAGUUUCGAGUAUUUGUAUUUUUAUAUCGUUAUUUAUAUGAAAAUAUAAAUUCAAUUUACUUAAUAUAAUAAUUACAUUGUGAUAUGAAAACAUCUUAAGCGUUCUCUGUAGUUAAACGCAUAAUAAAAUGUACACAAUCAAAACCUA